CCAAAUUUCUGCUAACAGUACACUCUUGAUAGUUGAUUGCUCGUAACAGUUUGCCUCCCAAGAAAAAAUGGCGAUGGCUUCUUGCCCGUCCGGUGCGCCGCGGUUUUCGUUCACGUGUCGCCCUAAGAUCCAUCCUCGCGUUCCUUUUAUAUCAUCUUCCAAUGCUCGCCGCCGUAAUAUUCUUACUGUGAGGGCUCACGUGGUUACCGAGGAGAAAUCCACAUCGCAGGACCGAAUGCUGGUCUUUGUGCCUCCGCAUCCAUUGAUCAAGCAUUGGGUUUCAUUUCUAAGGAAUGUACAAACUCAUUGUCCUGUAUUUAGGAAUGCAAUGGCUGAGUUGGGGAGGCUACUUUUAUAUGAAGCUUCGAGGGAUUGGUUGCCUACUGUCAAUGGGGAAAUUCAAUCACCAAUGGGUGUUGCCUCAGUUGAGUUCAUAGAUCCGAGGGAGCCAAUGGUGGUAGUUCCAAUCCUAAGAGCUGGUCUAGCUCUUGCAGAACACGCAUCUUCUCUAUUGCCAGCAACAAAAACAUACCAUCUGGGGUUAAGCAGAGAUGAAGAGACACUUCAGCCUUCAAUAUAUCUGAACAAGUUACCUGACAAAUUUCCAGAAGGGUCUCGAGUAUUUUUAGUUGAUCCCAUGCUGGCAACAGGUGGCACGAUUGUAGCAGCUCUCAACCUCUUAAAGGAGCGUGGGGUUGAUAACAAUCAAAUUAAAGUGCACACUACUAAAGGGACUGAUACGAUGCAGAUUUCGGCUGUUGCCGCCCCUCCAGCUCUUCAAAAGCUCAGUGAGAACUUCCCUGGGCUUCAUGUAUACACUGGAAUCAUUGAUCCCACAGUCGAUGACAAAGGGUUCAUAAUUCCUGGACUUGGAGAUGUUGGAGACCGUUGCUUCGGUACUUGAACUCACCAAAAUGUCUAUCCAGCCAAUGCUUGUCACCUCAUGCAAUUUUGACAUAUUGGACAAUUACUAAAAUCUUGCUGAGUUUCUAUGUUUGAUCA